UUCACGAGACAACAGGGUCACGUUAUUCUGUUGCUGUUUUUACAAUAAUCUUCAACAAAGCUUGUUUUAAAAGCUUUUAAAAAAUGUCUGCGAUGAAUUUCGGGUCGAAGAGUUUCAAGCCUCGCGCUCCUGAUAAAGGCGCGUUUCCUAUUGAUCAUUUCGGAGAGUGUAAAAUCUUCAAGGAGACGUUUAUGAAAUGCCUCAGAGACAACAGCUUCGACAACUCCAAGUGCCGACUGCAGUCCAAAGACUACCUGGAGUGCCGCAUGGAAAAUCAGCUGAUGGCCAAGGAGCCAAUGGAGAAACUGGGCUUCAAAAACCUGAUAGACCCUCCUCCCAGCCAAUCAGACGGAGACACUAAACCAUGACCUGCUGAAGCAUAUUAAAUGCAGUGUGAAGCUGAGAAGAUUUCAAAGACUUUAAGAGUGCAAGAGGAGACUUGCCGUGGUUUGCCUUGUGGUCUCAGUUUGGUACGGAGAACAAACACAAUGAAUCGUCUGUGUACAUAGAAUAUAAUGUAUAAUAUAUGGAGAUGCUGUUUUGGCAUUCUAAUAAAGCUUUUGUAUUUAAAUUAAA